AUGAUCGGUGGUCAGAAGGAGAAUAUGGCGGCAGGAUCACCUCCUACUCAUCCAGGCUUUGGCAUCUCUGGGAAGAGCUUCCUCAUAGACAACCUUCUGCGCUCGGCAGGGCCAUCCUUUUCCUCAUCCUCUUCCUCGCCCACCUUAGGUGGACCAACAAGUGGGCUCUUCAAGGGGCCCUCGACCGGCCCCUACAGGAGCACCUGGGGCACUCAGCAUGUUGUCUAUGAGGGCCAGAGUAAAAACUGUGAACGAGUCAAAGACAGAGGGCUUCCUCCUCAUCCACACUCAGGCCUGUUGAGCAGUGUGUUUCUACAGGGCCCUCAGUAUGUGCUGGCAGCAGUGUGCUGUGGUGGGUCCAGCCCUCCACCUGUCUUCUCCAAGGGAGCCUAUAUUCCGAUGUGGUCCCCGGAUACGAGCCCCAAAUCCCGGCGAGGGAUCCUGAGGAGGGCGGUGUUCUCGGAUGAGCAGAGGAAGGAGCUGGAGAAAACGUUCAAAAGACAGAAAUACAUCAGCAAGACAGACAGAAACAAACUGGCAGCAGAACUCAGCCUGAAGGAAUCCCAGGUGAAGAUCUGGUUUCAGAACCGGAGAAUGAAGUGGAGGAACUGUAAGGAGAAGGAGGGCCACAGCUGCCGCUCCCCCAUGGAGGAGCUCAUGUCCCGGGCCUGCAACCAGGAAGAGGAACACAAAGGGGCACCAGAGAGCACGGGCACGCCAUCAGACAGCUCACCAUCACAGCAGCAGGACACGGACACAGGAGUUACCACAGAGAAAGAGUCAUGCAAGGAACCUGUGACUUUGAAACAGCCACUGAGUCCGCACAGACACACUAUGACCUCUGACCCCUGA